AAUUUACCAUGUCCACAGAUGGAGAGCAAAUUAAAAAUAGAAGAAUCCAAUAUCACUACAAUAAUGGAAUUUAUUCUCUUGGGGUUUUCUGAUAUUCCUAAUUUCCAAUGGGUUCUUUUUGUAAUAUUUUUAGUCAUCUACCUAAUGAUUCUGAUGGGCAAUAGUAUCAUAGUAUUGAUAACUAUAAUUGACCCUGCUCUCCAGAUCCCCAUGUAUUUUUUCCUUGGCAAUUUUUCCUUUUCUGAAAUCUGUUAUGUAACAGUCACCAUCCCAAGAAUGCUCAUGGACCUUUGGUCUCAGAAAGGACAUAUUUCUUUCUUUGCCUGUGCUACACAGUUGUUUUUUCUCCUUACAUUUGGAGGCACAGAGUGUCUCCUCCUGACAGUGAUGGCCUACGACCGCUAUGUGGCCAUUUGUAACCCUCUCCAUUAUGCUCUAGUGAUGAACCACAAGGUCUGUGUCCAGCUGGUGGCUGCCUCCUGGACCAGUGGAAUUCCAGUUGUAAUUGGGCAAACAUACCAGAUAUUUUCUUUAGAUUUCUGCGGACCUCACACAAUUAACCACUUCUUUUGUGAUAUUCCUCCAAUACUCAAGCUUGCUUGUGGGAACACGUUUGUGAAUGAGUUAGCAAUUUAUGUAGAUGCUGUGGUAUUUCUAGUGGUGCCAUUAUUGCUGAUUGUUGCUUCCUAUGGUACAAUUAUCUCCAACAUUCUGAAAUUGUCAUCAGCCAAAGGGAGGUCUAAAGCCUUCUCUACCUGCUCUUCUCACCUGACAGUUGUAGUGUUAUUCUAUGGAACUGCCACUAUUGCUUAUUUACAACCCAAAACAAAACAAUCUGAAGGAAUAGGUAAGCUAAUUUCUCUCUUCUAUACUGUUUUUACCCCCAUAUUGAAUCCCGUGAUAUAUACUCUGAGGAACAAAGAUGUCAUGAAGGCAGUGAGAAAAUUACUACCCAAGAUAUUGACAUGA